AAUUGCGAAUAAGAUAUUUAGGAUUAAUGGCCCUUUUGAUUAUGCUUCAUGAGGGCUUGGUAUGCAUUGAUAUUUAAAAUAUAUCUUUGCAAUAGAUAGGUAUCACAACUCAUAUUACUGCAAAAGAAUGUUGUAAGACUUGCUCUUAUGGUUGCUGAAUGCAACAGAAUGCAACAUCAUCCUUAUCUAAUUGGGUCAUGGGCCCUUAUACUUAUUUGGUCCAUUACCCACCCUCAAGCAAACGUUGAGUGGAAAGAACCAGGAGCUUGGAUCAAAAUGAGCUGUAGACAAACCCUUGGUGAAGAUGUCAGCUAGUUUAUCAGUAGAGAAGACGAAGCAGACCAAUAGUUUUGUGUUGAGCAGUCUGUUCUUGUACAAAAUGGAAGUCUAUUUCAAUGGCUUGGUACGAUGGUACGAGCAUGGAAGACCGGGUUUGACAGCGAGAUAGAUGGCACUGAGGUUAUCACACUAUAGUGUAGGAGCAGAGAGAAAAAGACCCAACUCUUGGAGUUGUUGAACCCAAAUGAGCUCAAUAGCAACAUUUGUGUGCCCUUUGUAUUCCAAGUCAAUAUAGAUAGAGCCACUGUAUGUUGCUUCUUUGAGCUCCAUGAAAGUAGAUUGGGAUUCAAGAAAAUACUAAAGCCAUUGAUGGAGUGUUGAUCAUUGGGAUUUCGAGCUCAAUCUGUAUCUGAAUAAGCACGUAACUGAGUAGAGGAGCUCUUGGAAAGCAAAGGCUGUGGUGGAUGGUGUGUUUAAGGUACCGAAGUUGAUGACGAUCCAAUGAGUAGUGGAGGGACUAUGCAUGAAUUGGCAGACCUGAUUGAUCACAUAAGAGAUAUCUGGGUGGAUCAAUGUUGGAUAUUGGAGGCCACCAACAAUACUCUGAUAUAUGGUAGGAUUUGAAUGGGGAUCUUCAUGAAGAGAAAGUUGAGACGAUGUAGCUAUUGGAGAGGUGACUGAUUUGGAGCCCUCCAUUUUGGCCUUAUGAAGUAGAUCACAAAUAUACUUUGAUUUUGUUAAAAGAAGGCCGGAGUUCAUAGGGUGAGCCUCAAUGCCAAGAAAGAAGUAGAGAGGCCCAAGAUCCUUGAUGGCAAAGCACUUUUCAAAGAGCAGCCAAUAGAUCAGUGGGAGGAGCAUUGAGACUGCUAGUCAGAAGAAUAUCAUCCAUAUAAACAAGAAGAAGAAUAUCGUCAUCUGUCUGUUUGAUAAAAAAGAAAUAUCAGCCUUGGAUUUGGGGAAGCCCUACUCAUAUAGAUAAGUGUUGAGGCAUUGAAACCAUGCUCUGGAGGCUUGCUUGAGCUCAUAAAAUGAGUGCUUAAGGAGGCAUACAUGAUGAGGUGGUUCUGUAUCCACAAAAUCUGGUGGCUGCUGUAUGAAGAUUGACUCAUCAAGAAAGCCAUGGAGAAAGCUGUUUUUGACAUCAAGUGGACGAAUGGCCCAACCUCCAGGGAUAGCAAGUGCUAGAACUGAGCAAAUAGUAACUGAUUUGAUGAUCGGGCUGAAUAUUUCUUAAUAAUCAAUAACCUCUUGUUGGUUCAACCCUUUUGCUACUAGGUGAGCCUUGUAAUGAUCAAUGGAGCUAUCAAUUUUAUGUUUUUAAUUAGAAUACCCAUUUGCAUCCUCUGAUAUGCUGAUGAGAUGGCUGAGGAACAAUUUCCCAAGUACCACUAACAAGUAGAGCAUUAUAUUCAUCAAUCAUGGCGCCAUGCUAAUUAGGAUCUUUGUGGGCAUGCGAAAAACAUGUAGGUUCCAUGAUAUUCAUAUAGGCUACCAAAGCCAUGGGAUGUUUUGUGCUGAAUUUCUGUGGUGGGAGAGUCCUGUCCUCAGAUCUUGUCACCAUGGCAUGUGUAUUGGCUGAUGAAGUGGCAUGACCGGGCUGAAUAUGGGUUGCAGUAGAGUAUGGGCCCAAGUCUACAGAUUUGUCCUGCAAGGCACUAUGUGUUAGUGGGCUAGCAAAGCUUAAAGAGCCCAUUGGUUUGCACAAGUUUGGAGCUAGAGGUGCCAGUGGUAGGAUAUGCAAGCGGCAGUUCAUGAGAAGGGGGCCUAGGUGCUAGACAUGGGUCAUCACGUGGUGGCUUGGCCAUGUUGGAGCGUGGCACAAAGACUGGUGUAUUAUGGCAGAUGUCAUGGGCUGCACUGGAGUGGAAAGCCCAAUGGAGCCAGGCAAGUUGGGCAGGGCAGAUGUGCUGAGCUGUGGGGUAUAGCUUGGCUGCACAUGCUGUGGGUAGUGUGGCAAAGGUUGCGGCAGUCUGUCGGUCCCAAUGGGGUGAAAGGUCACUGGCCCACAUGUACUGUUUGAGGCCAAAUCAUGGGUGUGAUUAGCUGCUUGCAGCACUGCAAACCCAUAAUGAUUGUGUGACUGCAAACAUUUAUGAUAAGGAGUUGGAUGAUUUAAGAUCCCAGCUUUCAGUUACCCAAGUCACUGCAGAGGCUAGUGCUCUCUCAGUACAAUCAGCACAAGCUCAGUGCUUGACCUUAUUGAGAGAACUAGAUCAGAAAAAUAGUUCACUAAAAGAGCAUGAGAUCCAUGUCAAUAAGCUAGGGGAGCAGUUAGACAAUCUGCAAAAGGAUCUCCAAGCAAGGGAGCUUUCACAAAUGCAACUGAAAGAUGAAGUUUUAAGAAUAGAGAAAGAUAUCAUGAAUGCAGUUGUGAUAGCUGGAGCUAAAAAUGAUUGUGAGCUUCGGAAGAUUUUGGCUGAAGUUUCCCCCAAGAAUUUUGAGAAUCUCAGUAAGCACUUGGAUGCUAAAGAUUCAGAGAUCGCUACAUUAAGAGAUGAGAUCAGGAUCUUAUCUGCACACUGGAAACAUAAGACCAAUGAAUUAGAAUCACAGUUAGAGAAACAGCGAAGGACUGAUCAGGAAUUGAAGAAGAGAGUACUAAAGCUUGAGUUCUGUCUUCAAGAAGCACGAAACCAAACACGGAAACUUCAAAGGAUGGGAGUAAAAAGAGAUGAUGACAUAAAAGAGCUAAGAGAUCAGUUGGCAAUGAAGCAGCAGGAUGGGUCUGGUUGCAAUGACAAGCAGAACUUUUGGGAGAGCUCUGGUUUCAAGAUUAUUGUUUCUAUGUCUAUGUUGGUCUUAGCUGUAUUUGCGAAGCGGUAAAGAAAUCAUUUUUCAUGUUUUCUACAUGCAAAAGAUGCUGGGUUCCAGUAUUAUGAAACAGCUUUAUUUAUUUAGAAAUAGAGAUCAGUUAUAUAAACAUUCCAAUGGACUUGUUAGUAACCCCUAUCAUCUAGGUCAGGACUUCCAUUUCAGAAUUCGAAGCAGCCAAAUUGAACUCUCUGUCAUUGCUUUGAUUACUUUUUGUACUAUUAGUUGUUGAAAAAUAGUACUACAAAAUAAGCAGAUUUAUCUAUUGAGA